UCUACUAGAUUAAUUUGCAUCCAACAUCCGACAACUCUCCUAUUACAGAUUUACAUCAAGUUACAAAGUUACAUCGAGGACGCCGCGUGGUCGCUCUUGAGCCUUUAUCAGCUGACAUUGACAUCUAAUUGACAGAGAAAUUGUUAGUACAUAUCUAUAUAUAUGUACAUAUCUGUGCAACGAGAACUUGAAGAGGAUUUUUCGAAAUUACUUGCGAUUGGUUCGCACACAAGUCGGUCGAUUUCAUUGUCGUGCUUCAACAAAAAACACUGCUAGGCUAACAAGCGUGAUAACAAGAAGAGAUAUCGUCUCGCAGAUCGAAAUUAGCCUCUCUUACGAUAUAUGCAGCAAAUUUCUUGAAUCUCGACUCAAUUGGACUCGUCGACUAUAUAUUUUUACCGAGAUUAUUGAUAAUAACAUAUGUUAAUUCGAGAUGGCGAUGCAAAACUCUAUGAAAAUUCGUUCUCUUUAUUGAAAUUUCAUCGUUGAUAAUGGAAAGCGACGAUUAAGUUGCAAAUACGUCCAGGAAACAUGUGCAGAUGCUGCGGACUACUAUUGGGUGGAUGACAGGUUCUUCAAGGAUGGAUUCCAGCAAGAAAUCGGAUACUGUUAAUAACAGUCAGAGCACAGUCGCACAGUCUGAAGGCUCGGACUCGAUAGAGGUGGACAAUUCACGUACAGUUUUGCUAAAAAUAGCAACGCUGUAUGCGGAACGACUUAUGAAUGACAUCUGUCUUGUUGUGGAUGGUGUCGAGUAUCCAGCACAUCGACUUAUACUUUGUGCUUCUAGCGAUGUUUUCCAAGUGAUGCUGAUGAGCCCACAAUGGAGCGAGUCUCAAGAAAGCAGGGUAACCCUUCAAGAAACGCCUCAGUGCGCGCCAAUAUUCAGUGAAUUUUUGCGCUACUUUUACACUGGUCAAAUAAGAAUAAACUAUGGAAUUGUUCUAUCAAUAUUAUCUCUAGCCGAUAAGUACAAUGUCAAAGAUUUGAUAUUGUUGUGCCUUGACUACAUGCGAAAUCACAUUGCGCUUGCUGCCAUAAACGGCACUCUGGUAUCGUGGCUGCAUUACACGUUGAACUGUGGUCAUCACGACAUUAGCCAAGCGUGCCAAAACUUUGUCAAGUGGAACUUGGGACUUGUGGCCAAAACCGCGGACUUUGGGAAUUUUGACUUAGAUAUUCUAGUAUCGUUGUUGCACCAAAGCAGUUUAGUCAUAAAGGACGAGAUGACGCUCUACAAGUGCCUAGAAUUUUGGUUGGAUCAUCAGGCAGAACGAUUGAAAGCGCAGCUGUCGUCGGAGGAAUUAGAGGCGACGUUGCAUCAAUUAGUAAUAGCUGUUAUGUCGCCCGUUAGAUUCCCGAUGAUGUCUCCACGACAAUUGGCGGACUUACUACUGUCGCCAUUGACAAAAAAGUAUAAAGAAUUCUUCGUGGAACGUAUGUCGAUCGGCAUGUCCUUCCAUUCGGGUCAAACGGACAGAGUGAGAGAAGUGAGUCUUAGCGAAGAGGACGGCGCUUUGCUGUUCGAACCGAGAUUGUACACCGUCGAUACAUGCAGCUCGCUACUGACCAUAGAAAACUUUCACAGUCUGCCAUCGUAUCACACGAGAACACUUGUGUUUUCCAGUCACUCCAAUUUAGCGGAAUAUGCCGGCGACAAAACUUGCGAGUGGGUGGUAGACAUCUAUCCUAAAGGUGUAUGGUUCAAGAAGUUUUUCCUCAUAGUAUGGCAAGGUACGGUAGAGAUGCCCGAGCACGUGAAGCGAUCGGUGAGGCUAUCGUUGACCUGUAAAGAGCCACCGAUGAAUAGUCACAUGCGCGUAAAGAUUGGAGUUUUGAUUUACGGUUUGCAAGACGGUGUGGAACAUAUCGCGAGAGUCACCGAGAUCAUUCACAGAUUCAGUAGAAAGGAUCGCGUCCUGAAUCUGGACGAUCUCCUGCCGUUCGAGGAACUCAAUCCGCAACAGGGCUCGGUAUCGGAGAACGUGGUGUCUCCUUUCCUAGUGGGUCCCAACAAAGACAUGCUCAAAUUACACAUUGUUAUAUCGCCAGCUAAUUAGCGUUUACGAUGUCACAUUACGUGUAUCAAAAUAGAAAAUCACAGCGAGAAAAAUGUUAUUUGCAUUCUAUGUUUUUAUAUCAACUAUGUUUAUUUCCUUUUUUCUAUUUCUUAUGCAUAAGUAUUUCUCCAAUAUUUUGCCAAAAACGAAUAUUGACGAAGUUAACAUGUAGUACACACACACACACACACAUAUAAUUGCUUCCUCUUUAUAUAUCAUAUUAUUUUCUAAAUUUUAAAUAUCUUACGGAAACGCUUACAUGAUACAAAAAAAAUUGAUAUCUUAAUGAGAUAUAUUACAUUACGAAUGUAUUGUCAAAUGUGCGAUAUACUUGAGUAAAAAAAAUUUAGUAGCCCUUGCUGCCGUACUGUUAAUGUGAUUCGUUACAUAUAAAUCCCUUGUACGAUUUUGUCUAAUGUCUGUAAGAUACGAAUGUGUGUACUGUAUAUAACUGAGAUGCCAACAUUAUUUUAGUUACAAGUUAUGUGAUUUUUGCAUGCAAUAAAUGCGAUAACAAGCAGAAUGUGAGUGCACUUUAUGAAUAUAGAUACGUGUUAAUAUAAGACUUGUGUAUAUUAAUCCUAACUCGCGAACCGAUAUUACAUUUUUUCUAACGAGGUUGUCAAUAAAAUGCGUCUGUAAAAAUUAUUAGCAGUAAUUUUUCUAGAAACGGCAUAUCUCUUAUCUCAUCUGAGAUAAGAAAUAUUUCUUGUUUCAGAACUUAUGGAGAUUCCGUAUCUCGUUAAAGAGACGAAGAGAAUUUCCUAAAACAUAAGUGCGUCUAGCUUUAGGUGUAACUUUAAAUAUCGUUUUAUUAUUAUUAUUUUUUUUAAUAUUUUAAAUAUUUUUUUUAAUACUAUUAUCGCGCUUUGGAGAUACGGAAUACGUCUGUAAGUUUUAUAAAAUUUCUUAUAUGCAUAAUAUAUUUUGUUCCCUUCUUACUAUCUUACCAUCGAUAUUACAUGUUCUUGCGUUGAAGAUUUGGUUUCUUAACUUAUCAAUUAAUAUUGUACCCAGAGCGAGACUGAAACCUGAGAUUAAAUAAACAAGUAAUCUUUAUUCUUAAA